CACGCACAUAUACCGGGUCAUCACUGGCAGUGUGAAAGUGCCAAAUCUAGCGACCAGGGAACAAUUGCAGGAACACUUUACCCCUGUAUUUGCCGGAAUGGCAGUGUGAAAGGGGCUUAAGAGACAAAAUUCAAGGAGAAGAACAGGACUUUUAUUUUGUUCUGGCGGUGUGACGUCAUUAGGCUGCGCCGCACUCCUGCGUCUGUUGAGGUCUGCUGCAGAAAGACCUGAUGCUGCAAGAAAUGGACGAGAAAACUCGGUGUGAGGACAAUCCUGAUUUCAUAACUGGAGGAAAACCUUUUAUUUGCUCCCAGACUGAAAAGUCCCAACAUGAGGUUUCUUCUCAGAAGAGAGCCCAAAAGACAAGCACUAGAAGUCUCUUCAGCUGCCCACAGUGUGGAAAGAGCUUCACGCAGAAAGAAAACCUUAAAGUCCACACGAGAAUCCACACUGGAGAGAAACCUUUCAGCUGUCAACAGUGUGGAAGGAGCUUCACGCAGAAAGUAAGCCUCACGUUUCAUAUGAGAGUUCACACUGGAGAGAGCCCAUACUCCUGCCAGCAGUGUGGAAACCGCUUCACUGAGAAACGAAGCCUUGAAAUCCACCUGAGGAUCCACAGCGGAGAGAAGCCGUACUCCUGCAGAGAGUGUGGGAGACGCUUCAUUCGAAGAGAAGACCUGAAGAGCCACGCCAGAGUUCACAGCGGAGAGAAGCCGUACUCCUGUCCUCGCUGUGGAAAGAGCUUCACGCAGAGAGGAAACCUGUCGACUCACAUGAGGAUCCACAGCGGAGAGAAACCUUUCGUUUGUGUUCAGUGUGGAGGCAGCUUCAGAAGUAAAGCCAACUUCAACUGCCACAUGAAGAAACACUCGUGAAACCCUCACACCUGUCCUCAGCGUGGACACCUUCAUGACGGACGGAAACAGGAGAGAUUUAUAUCUUCAGCAUCAUGUGUUCAUCAGAUGUUCCUCAAUAAAAGCUGUACGCCGAGUGACGCAGAUAUAAUGAGAA